GUGUUCCGUCUUGCUGUGUACACCCAAGUCGCCGUCUGCCGGGAUAUUUUUUGCGCGGGUUCUAGUGAAGAUGGGGCCGGGCCGCGGUGUAGCGUGGAGGCAGCGGUGUUAGGCCAGCAAAGCCUCAGGACUUGGAGCUUCGAGGCCCUUCCUCCUUCCUCGUGGUAGUGUCCGGGGCAGCUCAGCUCCGUCGCCGAUCAAUCACUCGCUGGUGCCUGGAAGCCAUCUUGCCUCGGCAGCCAAGAUGUCGUCGGUCAAAGUGGCAGUGAGGGUGCGGCCCUUCAACAACCGCGAGAUCUCACGCGAGUGCAAAUGCAUCAUUGAGAUGGCCGGCAACACCACCAGUAUUGUGAACCCCAAGGCCCCACCCGGAAGUAAGGACGCCACCAAGAGCUUCAACUAUGACUACUCCUAUUGGUCACACAACCCUACAGAUCCCAACUUUGCCACACAAUCUGAUGUUAUGCGAGACAUAGGCAUAGAAAUGUUAGACCAUGCAUUUGCAGGUUAUAACGUUUGUAUCUUCGCAUACGGCCAGACUGGGGCUGGCAAGUCCUACACAAUGAUGGGCAAGCAGGAGAAAGGACAUGAGGGUAUUAUUCCUCUCAUUUGUAAAGACAUGUUCAGAAAGAUUGCAAAUUGUACAGAUGAUGAACUCCAGUACUCAGUAGAGGUGAGCUACAUGGAGAUCUACUGUGAACGUGUACGAGACUUACUAAACCCAAAGACGCAGAACCUCCGAGUCCGUGAGCACCCCCUUCUCGGACCCUAUGUAGAAGACUUAGCCAAGCUUGCCGUCACAACCUUCGAUGACAUCAACAAUCUCAUUGAUGAGGGCAACAAAGCAAGGACCGUGGCUGCCACAAACAUGAAUGAGACAUCUUCUCGCUCCCAUGCUGUAUUCACCAUGGUCUUAACACAGCGACGCAAUGACAGCACAACCAAACUCACAACAGAACGUGUUUCUAAGAUUUCCCUAGUAGAUCUGGCUGGUUCCGAGCGUGCAGAUUCCACUGGAGCCAAGGGGACACGCCUCAAAGAGGGAGCCAACAUCAACAAAUCCCUGACAACACUCGGAAAAGUUAUCUCAGCACUUGCAGAAGUCGUCGGUAAGACUUCAAAACCCAACAAGAAGAGGAAAGCAGAAUUUAUUCCUUACCGUGACUCUGUGCUAACAUGGCUGCUGCGAGAGAACCUAGGAGGCAACAGCAAAACAGCUAUGGUGGCUGCAAUAUCCCCAGCUGACAUCAAUUAUGAUGAAACCCUCUCAACACUAAGGUAUGCAGAUCGUGCAAAGGCCAUUCGUUGCAAUGCUGUUGUCAAUGAAGAUGCCAAUGCCAAGCUAAUUAGGGAGUUGAAGGAGGAGAUUCAGCGUCUCCGUGAGCUGCUGAAACAAGAAGGCAUCGAGGUGCAGGAAGCGGGCACGGAGGGUGAAAAGGUCAUCUACAACAAUGAAAACCGCCCCGCUGACUUGGGGCCAUGCCAAGAGAUUACCAAGGUCAUGAAUAGCAACAAUGGCAAGGAAACUCCCCAGAUCACAUCACCCGGGUCUACUGUUGCUGAUAUGGCUGUGGACCAGUUGCAGGCCAAUGAGAAGCUUAUUGCAGAACUGAAUGAAACAUGGGAAGAGAAACUGAAACGUACAGAAAGCAUACGUCUUCAAAGAGAGGCUGUAUUUGCUGAAAUGGGUGUGGCACUAAAGGAAGAUGGAAAUACUGUUGGCAUCUUCUCUCCAAAGAAGACUCCUCACUUGGUGAAUCUGAAUGAAGAUCCAUCAAUGUCAGAGUGCUUACUGUACUACAUUAAGGAUGGCUUCACCAAAGUUGGUUCUGCUGAAUCAAACAUUCCGCAGGAUAUACAGCUCUAUGGUGCUCACAUAAUGCCAGAACACUGUCAGUUUGAGAACAAUGAAGGUGUUGUGUUGAUACACCCUUGCCCUAAAGCGAUGUCAUAUGUCAACGGUCGUGAGGUAGUGGAACCCACCGUUUUGAAAACAGGCUCUCGUGUCAUUCUUGGCAAAAAUCACGUGUUUAGGUUCAAUCACCCAGAGCAAGCCCGUGAACGUCGAGAAACAAAAUCCCCAGCAGAGACACCGGGUUCAGGUGAGCCUGCAGAUUGGCAAUUUGCCCAGAUUGAGCUCUUGGAGAAGCAAGGCAUUGAUCUGAAGGAGGAGAUGCAGAAACGACUGGUGGCCCUUGAAGAACAGUUCCAGCGUGAGAAGGAAGAGGCACAAAAAGAAUUUGACAAGGAGAGAAAGAACUACGAGGCCCGGAUUGAUGCCCUCCAGAAGCAAGUGGAGGAGCAGAGCAUGACCAUGUCCAUGUAUUCAUCUUACACACCAGACGACUUCACCCACGAAGACGACAUCUUUGUAAACCCCUUGUUUGACGCAGAGUGCAACUGGACGGAACGGGAGUAUGCCUUGGCCUCUUGGGCCUUCCGCAAGUGGAAGUACCACCAGUUCACCUCCCUCCGAGACGAUCUUUGGGGCAACGCUAUUUUCCUCAAGGAAGCUAAUGCCAUCUCAGUUGAGCUCAAGAAGAAGGUCCAGUUUCAGUUCACCUUGUUAACUGACACACUGUACUCUCCACUGCCUCCUGACUUCCUUCCACUGCUAGAGGAAGAAGAGGAGGAGGACGAGGAAGACCGCCCAACUCCACGCACGAUUGUUGCAGUUGAGGUUCAAGACACAAAGAAUGGAGCCACACACUACUGGACACUAGAAAAAUUAAGACAUCGUUUGGAGUUGAUGCGUCAGAUCUACAACUCUGACGUGAGUCCAUGCUCUCUGUCACCCUCCCCACCACCGGAGCGACAAGGGGAAGAGGAGUUGCAAACCUGCAUUCCAGCGUGUAACCAGGCCAGACUCUCCCUGUCCCAGCUGCUGCCUGCCAGGCUCAUCAACACCCGCAUACAACGGCUGGAAUUGAUGAGAGAGAUGUAUCACAAUGAAGCAGAACUUUCACCUACCUCACCAGACUACAACAUUGAAAACCUAACUGGAGGAGACCCAUUCUAUGACCGCUUCCCUUGGUUCAGGCUGGUGGGCAGGGGUUUCCUGUAUUUGAGUAACCUCCUGUACCCUGUGCCACUGGUACAUCGUGUUGCAAUUGUUAAUGAACGAGGUGAUGUUAAGGGAUAUUUGAAGGUUGCUGUGCAGGCAGUUGUAGUUGACCCCACAGCUGAAGAAGAUGCUGUGGAAACGACACAACCAGCGGGGGUGCGGCAAAGUGCUCGCAUAUCUUUCAAUGACGGAUCAUUCAAGAGACCGCGAACAAAACGGGGAUCGCUCUCAGCUCAGGUACUCGAGAAAAAUACAGCUGCAGCUGCUGAAGAAGAACGUAUAGUUGAGGGUCAGGUUGCUCCCGGAGACACCAUAAAGAUCGAAGAUGAGGUGUGUGAAGUAGACAGUGGUAGAGGUGACAGCAGUGUCAGUUCUUGCGAAAGCUUAAAAGAUGAAGACCUUCCGCCUCACUUGCGCAUUGGCCAAGAGUUUACUUUCCGUGUGACUGUGCUUCAGGCCUUUGAUGUGUCAACAGAGUAUGCAGACAUUUUCUGCCAGUUCAACUUUUUGCAUCGCCAUGAUGAGGCCUUCUCUACAGAGCCCAUCAAGAACACUGGUAAAGGACCUCCACUUGGAUUUUAUCAUGUGCAGAAUAUUACUGUGACAGUAACACGAGCCUUCCUGGAAUACAUCAAAACCCAACCCAUUGUGUUUGAAGUCUUUGGCCACUACCAACAGCACCCUCUCCAUCGAGAUGCUCGGCAAGAUGCCACGCAUUUCUUACCCCCUGGCCUGGUCCCUCCCGGCAGCUCCAGAGGUCCUCCGAAGAGGAUGCAGCCACCUGCCAUCCCCAUCAGCCAGCCUGUGCGCUCACCCAAGUUCGGCGUCGUGCAGAGCCCAUCUACCUCCCACGUGCAUGCGAGACAUGACCUCCUCGUGUGGUUCGAGAUCUGCGAGCUAGCACCGAAUGGAGAGUACGUCCCAGCAGUGGUAGAGCAUGGAGACGACCUUCCUUGUAGGGGACUUUUCCUCCUACAUCAGGGUAUCCAACGUCGUAUCCGAAUCACCAUUGUGCAUGAAAACUCACCAGACCUGAUCUGGCGAGAUGUUCGAGAAUUGGUUGUGGGUCGCAUACGCACAACCCCAGAGAGUGAGGAUGAUGACAACGAUACCUCAGUAUUAUCUCUGGGUUUGUUCCCUGGAGAAUACUUAGAAUACCCUGGGGAGGAUCGCACUCUCUUCCGCUUUGAGGCUGCCUGGGAUUCGUCACUCCACAAUUCCGUCUUGUUGAAUCGUGUUACACCACAUGGAGAGCAUGUCUACAUGACUAUAUCAGCAUACCUUGAGUUGGAAAACAAUGCCCAACCAGCCAUCAUCACAAAGGACCUGUGUAUGGUUGUAUAUGGUCGUGACUCUCGAACCAUCCCACGGUCUCUGCGUCACUUAUUCAGUGGAUCCUAUAAGAAUGCUGAAGCAAACAGGAUCUGCGGAGUUUAUGAGACUGUGCUGAAGCGCGCAGCUGAAGCAGGUAGCCCAGGCUUACAGCGACGACAGCGACGGGUCCUGGACACAAGUUCCACAUAUGUCCGUGGCGAAGAGAACCUGCAUGGAUGGAGGCCACGCGGAGAUUCCCUUAUCUUUGAACACCAGUGGGAGCUUGAGAAGAUCACGCGCUUGACCCAGGUGGAGCGCACACGACACUCUCUCCUCCUGCGGGAAAAACUUGGCCUCGGAAAAACUCCCAUCCCUUAUAGCCAUCACCACGACUACACCAAGAGUGAAAAGCAUCCUAACCAACUUCCUCGUAUGCAGGAGGUGGCUAAUCAAGCAGCCAAGGCCGGUUGCGAUGCGCGUGCUGUGUUGGCACGCUGUUCCUCCAGAGACUUGCCCUCAACAGACUCUGAAAACAUGAGUGAAGCAGAGAAGGAUACAGCAUUCAAAUUCAUUAGGCUCAUGCAGGGCCGAUCCGCACAGUCACACGCUAAGCAAGGAACUCCAGCACAGACACCUAAUGAUGAGCAAGAUGCCCUCACUACCUCGGUCACCUCUUCCUGCUCUUCCACAACCUCCACAGAACUGGCCUCUCCUGAGCGGCCUCGAGCACCAGUUCCAGACCUCCAUAUCUCCCUUGGGGGAUCAGCUGUUGUGCCCCCAGGCUCUCCCCUGGCCAGUCCUGGGGACUCACAGGGUUCAUCUCCCCUGGUGGAACGCCGACCAAUGCCACUCUUCGUGCCAGAAGUUGAGGAAAUCCGUAUAUCUCCUGUGGUCAGUCGGAAGGGCUAUCUUAAUGUCUUAGAUGACCGCACCAACAACUGGAUCAAAAGAUGGGUGGUGGUAAGGCGACCUUACGUCUUUAUCUUCCGAGAUGAGCGCGACCCAGUGGAGCGUGGCUUGAUCAAUCUUGCCACAGCUCAGAUUGAAUAUUCUGAGGACCAACAGGCCAUGGUGCGAGUGCGCAACUCCUUCAGCGUGGUGACAAAACAGCGAGGCUUCCUUCUGCAGACGCUCGGGGACAAAGAAGUGCAUGACUGGCUCUAUGCUAUCAAUCCACUCCUGGCUGGGCAGAUCAGAUCAAAGCUUGGUCGCCGCAGUCGCCACACAUCUGGAGGAAGCCACCCCAAUACACUCUCUGUACCUACAAAGUGAGACAUGGACAAUCCCAGGUAUAAGCAAAGCCUCAGCCACUGACUUCUUCAUCAGUCUCUGACCUCUUCAACAACCUAAUCUUUUCAUGAGCCUCCUGAUACAUUGGUCACAGUAUCAACCCAGCUGUUGGAAAUAUCAGUGUAUUAUCUGUUUGUGUAAAAAAAAAAAAAUAUUAUUAUGAUAAUAAAGAGGGUAUUACAGCAUUUAUACAGAGCUCCAUAGACUGGAGUUAGUUCCUUCCUUGUAUAUUAUAGGGACAAUACAAUCUGGUUAUCAUGUUUCAUUAACAUUUAAGAGAUACAUAAUGAGGAGGUCCUCUCAUCAGACCCUCCCACCUGACUGGUCUUUUCUUCAGAAACUUUCCCUUAAAGUAUGUAGUAGGAGCCAAUGAAUGUCAUAAUUGCAUAUACAUUAUGAGAGGUAGAAUGUUUUCUGGAAUAGUGUGAAAUGAUCUGGUAACAGUUGCACGGUUCUGUUCUCUAGUCCCUAAGAUGACAAUACUUUAUAAAGAAUGAUUGAGCUUGCAGACACCAUUGCAUCCAACCAUUUACUCUUGCAGUGUCUGCUGUGUUCCUUCCAAAUGUUCAGCAUACCAGGGUGGACAGUUAUUUCACUAACCCAGUUGUAUGUCCCAUGUGCUUGCCUGUUGCUUCUUAUUGUACACGGGCUCUACCAGCAUCACCCUUAAUUGUGGUCAUUACUAAUUAUAGUAGACUCAUUAGCAUUGCAAGAUAUAUCAUGAAGUUUAAUAAUUUAAGGUGUGACAAACCUUAUUUUAUGUUACUUGUGUAUAUGUUCAUAAAAAAGGAAAAAAAAAUCACAAGUGGAGUGAAAUGCAGCUUACCAACAAAUAUAUGGGAGCCAAUAGUCCUGUUGCUCACUAGUGACAAUUUCUGAAGGGGACUGAAUCUGUGUGCUCAUCACUCUCAUGAGACCUGCUAUUUGCUGUAUAUUUUUGUCUUAUAGGGGUUUAUGUAUGACAUACUUUUCUUCCAUAUAGGAGUUUUUGUAUGUCAUAGACAGUUUCCUUUUAGGAGCUGCUGUAUGCCUUAUUCACCUUAAUGCUAGAGUUGCUCUGACAUACAGUUUCCCUGUAGGACUAUCUGUAAAAUGUAUACAUCUUAAAUGAUUUGCAUUACACUAUACCAACCUUGUCAAAGUGAACCUAUGGUGUUUGCAUAUCCAUGAUAAGAGCAUAUGUUUCCUGAAUGUAUCUUCCUCUACUGAAUUCUUGUAACAAUGAUAAGCGUUACUUUAUUAUGAUGCAGAUGUGGUAGAAGAUUUACCGAGGGUAGUCCGCAAGCAAGACGGGAACUGAUAUAUCCCUCUUAAGAUGAUUCUCAUGUAUAUGUCAGAAUUUCAACCUCAAUAUAGUUUGAGAUAUUACACUGAAAAUAAAUACAUUCCAAGGAGGUAGACUUACUGAAUUUGUGAAUAAAACCUUGUAAGUUGUGAUAUUAUAUAUAUACACAUAUAUAUCUAGACGAUUUUUGACCAAGGGAUAAUUAUUUUUUUUCUCUCUCUUUUUUCCAUGCAUGGGGGUGAAUCCAGGCAGCACUAGUCUUCAGAUGGAAAAGAAUAUAGUUUAAUGUAGAGAAUUAGGAUGUAAUAUAACAGAAAAAUAAUAUGAAAAUCAAAUAUAGUACCAUGCUGCCUGUAGAGAUAUCAUUGAGAAUGUGAGAAUCCAUUGCGUUUCUCAUUGAUCAUUAUUUAUUUAAAAAGAAUUGUACAUUCUAUACAAAGCUUAGGGUAAUGUGUUAAGAGCAGUACAGCAUGAGUGGGUGAACACUAAACUUUAAAUGGGUGCAUGAUGUACAAUACAUGUACAGUUCAGAUUCUUCUCACAGAGGUAGUAUGAAAUAUGAUAAGCCCUGAGGCCUUCCAACAACUGCCUACUCCCAGCUCUAAGUUGGUGCACAAAUGGGCCAGUAUCCACUUGAGAAUACAAAGAAUUACACUAGGUUCUGCACUUGGAGAACAUAUCUGUGACAAAACAAACAGCGGGAUAGGACUUCAUGUGCAGUCAGAAACAUUUUACUGUAGCUCUGACUUCUUUCUGUUAUUUAUCCUGAAUUAUAUUCACGUUAGAAAAAUACAAUAUAAAAAGAAUAGAUAAACAAAUAAAAAUACAUUGUUAUGAAGUGUUCAGACUGUAUUUAAAACUCUCCUGCUUAAACUACAUUUUCUAAAAGCCCCCCAAACAUUUACACUGGUACUUCAGCUAACAUUUCUCCAUACAUCACUACCAGAAGUCAUUAAUAAAGAAAACAAACUGUUCAAGCUAAUCAACAUCAAAGAACAUAAUGUCUCCCAGGCUUAGAAACAGCCUUACUAAGAGGGGCAGAGGAACAGCAAUUCAAAAGCUGCUGUUAUGAGAUCACUGAAUGUAAAGCCUUACAUGAAAUUUUAGUAAGGCAUGUUUACUUGGUCACUGCAUGCAGAAAUUGGUCUUACUGGAAGGCUAUUUUAUUACUCGGAGUUGCUGAUCAUACCACUAUUUUAAUUAUAUCCCCCCCAUAAUUUCCCCCUCGUAGGAACUUGUCAUCAGAGGUAAUUAUAACAUCUUAGAGUGUUUGUCUGUGAAGAGACCUGGUGAUUGGAAACUCGAAACCAAAGAUGUUAGUAUAUAAGUAUAAGCGUAUCUUUAUCUAGUCACAUGCAUCACCACAGAUGUGUUAGGAAAAUAACAUUUUGUCAGAUAGCUAGUGCAUGAUGUCUGCCAAUGGCAUGGAGACAACAGAAUGUACCCAGCACACCUGUCAGAUGUCCUCAUUACAAACAUAUAUUGCCGGGAUGGUAUUUUCCAAGCAUAUUGCAUUCCACACCAUAGUCUAGUUUAAUUUCAUCAUAUAUAUUUUUUUCUUUGUUUACUCUCUUUUAUUUUGUAUUACUUUUUUGCCCAUUUGUUCAUUAAAGAGUUUAAAAGCUUUAUAUUUGUGAUUACUAAAGAGUAGAAGUGGUUGUCCAGCAGUAAUAGGGCUGCUAUAUAUUAUGGCUAUAAACAAGGGCAAUCUUGAAAUAUGUAACUUUAAAGGAAAUUUUUUAGAAAAUUAUUAUUUGGAUAUCAAUAAUUAGUGAUAUUGUGUUAUCAUAGAAUAUAUCUUGAUCAAUUAUUUAUGAAACUCACUGUAAAGCUUGAUGUUUACAAUGAUAUGGCCAAAUGUAAUAAUUUAA